CCUAGACCAGAUUUAAUUUGUGUGUGAAUAUUCCGACGAUUCUCUUGUGAUGGGUUUACUUCUGUAAACUGUUUGCACUCCAGGCUCAUUUAAAUGACUACUCUCUGUUCUUGAAUGAAAGAUUCCAAGUUGAGGCGGAGAAAAUGCUUGUCUUCUACUUGUGCUCUUCUUCAACAAAUGUGUUCUUGAUCUUUUAUAGAUUUAUUUUGGCAGCAGUGGCCAUGGACGAUGUAGUGGGUUCCUUAUCCAAGAAGUGGAGGCUGGACGAGCUGGAAUCGCAAGAGCCCCCGAUGAGCAGAGAUGGAGGCAGCAUUGACGAUAAUGCGAACCCCGACCUCAUCAGCCGCCUUCCCGAAGAGAUCGUCGGCAGCAUCCUCUCCCUCCUCCCUACCACCAAGGGCGCCAUGCAGACAUCUGUUCUAUCCUCCGGGUGGCGCCACCUUUGGCGUACUGCCCCGCUCAACCUUGUCAUCGACCAGGCCCCAUCAGCCAGGAGAGCAAGCGCAUCACCGUCGUCUCCAAGAUCCUUGCCGCACACUCUGGUCCUGCCCGCUGUCUCUUCUUCAACCAACCCGGUGGCAUCUGCCUCCGCCGUGAGUUCUAUGCCAAGUUCGACAGCUGGUUCCGGUCCUCUUCCCUCAAUGGCCUUGAGGAGCUCUACUUGUAUGGAGGUGAUAUGUUGCCGUGCCUGCUGCCAUCGUCCGCCCUCCGCUUCGCAUCCACGCUAUGCAUCGCCAGCAUCGGCCACUGCGAUUUUGCCUUGAUUAAUGAUGCCCUUGCGCUUAGCUUCCCUCAGCUGAAGCAGCUCAAGCUCUAUCGUGUCUCCAUCUCGGAGGUGACCCUCCACCACCUGCUUGCCGGCUGCACUAUGCUACAGAGCCUUGAUCUUCGAUGGAUCCGUGGGCCCAGCAGCAUCCGGAUCAUCUCGCCGACUGUCCGAAGUAUUGGCAUAUCUGUUUGUGACUACUACGAUGAAAAGCUUGUGUUCCCGGAACUUGUUAUUGAGGAUGCACCUUGCCUUGAAAGAUUGAUCCCACAUGGUUUAAGGGGUGGUCCAAGGACAAUCAGGGUCAUCGCAGCGCCAAAACUGGCAGUGUUGGGCUACCUGUCUAGGCUAAUCUCCGAACUUGUUAUUGGAACCAUAAGGGUUAAGGAAAUGAUCCCUAUCAUGUUCACCACGACGGUACGCACAGUAAAGGUCUUGGUUCUACAAUCUGUCGGCCCUAAUCUGGAUGCAAUUGUUGCAUUCCUUAAAUGCUUUCCCUGCAUGGAGAAGCUGUACAUUCAGCACCACCGUGCCGACGCGUCGACGCCUGUGAGCAGCGGCAGCCCGUGGCACCGGCGACCUUCCUCCUCCUCCUCCUGCUCCCUGCUCCCUGUUAAGUGA